UGAUACUAAAAAUAUCAAAACAGAAUGUACUGAUGAGAACUACAAAAAAUUUGGGCUAGAUCCUAAAGAAGUGAUUAACUGUCAAGAUGUAAAAGUUAAAUUACAAGAAUUAGAAAAUAACAAAUUCUGGUUAAUAAUUGACCAGUUUUAUAAUGUCCAUUACUACGACAUAGAAUUUCAUGACAAUUCAUCAGUAGAUUCUAUUUUAAGUCCUGAAUUUCAAAUUAAUCAAUUAUUCAAAAGAAGCAAAAGAAGGUUUUACAUUUAUACAGAUUAUGAGAUUCAUGAUAUUUUAGAUAAUCUGCACUCAUUACGAGACUUUGAUACAAAAACAUCAUUAUUAUUAUCGAAAAAAAAUUUAUCCGUCAACGGUAUACUUUUCAAUAAAUAUCAUAUAAGAACAGUAAAUAAUCAUAACAAUCAAGUAAAAAAUAAACAUAUUGUUAUUGAAUUGAAAGAUGCAACGGAUAUAUAUGAAGACUUUUAUUAUGACAAUUUUCCGAGGCAGGCUAUUAUUAACAGUAAUAAAAAUGAAAUAGAUGUAAAUCUUAAUAUAAAUGUCGGUUACUCAAAAGAGCAUGAAGACAUUGAUACGGAAAUGUUGACGAUGAAUAUUAUGAUGUAUUGGAACGCAGUUUCGAUGUUAUUUUCUGGUAUUAAUAAAACAUUAGUACAUUUACCAAAUAUUAAUAUUAAAAUAAAAAGUAUUAAUGUUGCGAAGGCAUCUGGUAUUAUAUUUCCUAAUGAUUUGAAUACUUUAUUUAGUAUAUAUAGAUCAUUAAAACACUAUUUUGUUGAUAAUAGUAUGUCAAUUCGUUCUAACGUCGAUGUCGAAAUAGCGAUGACAGCGUCAAAAAUAUGUUUACGGGGCGUAGAUAAUAAUUGCGAUUUACAAGGAUAUACAUUAUUAUUAACUGAUGAUAAUCGUAAUCGUAAAUAUAAUAUUGCAAUAAUGAAUUAUAAUAUGCCAUUACUGGAUUAUGCUAUCGGUGCACGUGAAUUAGCACAUUCACUGGGGGUUAAAUACAUUGAAGCUGAUAAAGAAUGCAGUGGAAUAAUGUCUAGACGGUAUAGAUUUAGCGAUGAGCAAUUAAAAUGGUGUAAUGACAGUUUAAAUGAUUUUGCGAGUACGAAAAAAUUCGUUAGUAGUAUAAGAGGAAAUAAUGUAAGCAAUAAAAAUUCACGCAAUCCGCUAAUUGCCUCAGAUGAUGAAGGAGAAGAAUUAGUCGUUCCAUUAGAUUUGUCGCAUAAAUUUUGAUAUAUUUGACAUAUUUUUAAGAAGUUAAAAUUCAAACUUGUUUUACUU